AUGGCUCGCCUAACACCAUCAUUGAUCCUCUUCAUGAUCGCCUCUCUCGCAAUUGCUUCUCCCCUAAACCCCAUGAUGGAACUCAUUCCCCGAACCGAUGCAUCGCAAGACGACUCACCGUCCACCACCAUCGUCGCUAAAAAUAUCGACGGUUGCAAUGUCCAAGGCAUGGCAGAAGCAGGACUUACCUCAAAAAUCUUUGGCACAUAUACCCUUGACGAUCUUGUAACUUGUCAAACAGUCUGUGGAAGAGUUACACCUUCGUAUAACCAGUGGAUGGAUAAUUUGGUUUUGAGUGAUACUAGUAGUGGGAUUUUCUUUUCGGAUAAAUAUCCAAGCGAUGGGACGAAUUUUUGUUAUCAAUAUGCCUGA